AAUCAAAAACAAACAAAGCAUUAAGCAUAUAGUUGCUAUACUAAGACUUUUUACUCAAUUUCUCAUUAUGUCUAUCAAAAAUGUGUUUUUACUUCUAGCGGUUCUAUGUAUCAUAGUUUCUGUAAAUGCUCAAUUGCCUCAGUUUCCGGCUCAACUUCCUUUUCUGUUUCCGUUCCAACUGAUUCCUGGAUUACCUGAUAUAACAAAAUGUUUCUCAUCCGUGAUGGAUAUUCCUGGAUGCAUUGCAGAGAUUUCUCAAUCCAUUUUCACUGGAAAGUUCGGUAAUUUAGGUCCGGCUUGUUGCAAAGCAUUUUUGGACGCCGAUAAUUGCAUACCGAAAAUUCCAUUCAUUCCAUUUUUUCCUCCGAUGCUAAAGGAACAAUGUUCAAGAGUUGCCGGUGCAACUCCUCCCAUACCAAAAUAGUGUUUUAUCUUAUUUUUAAAAUAGAUAACUUUUUCAACUUAUUUUUUUAAAAUUUUAGCUUACGUUACAUGUUAUAAUAAUAAUUAAAAAAAGAAGAAGAUAUAGUAAUAACAUUUGAGAAGUUGCAUUUGGGUUCCAUGUUUAUACAUUCUUCACUUCUAAUGAAUAACACCUUGAAAC